GCGGAGGGCCGCCGUGGCGUCGGGCCCCGGGCCGAGCCGGGGGUGGGGGCUCGAGGCGCCUCCGCUGCCGUGGACGAGCGUCCGUGCGGCCUGGUCCGGGCCAUGUCCGCGUGAGGACCCCGCCGCUGUCGCCGCUCCCGUUCCGGCCCUGGUCCCUCUGCCCGGCAGCGCCGCACACCAUGGGCUCCAUUCUCAGCCGCCGCAUCGCGGGGGUGGAGGACAUCGACAUCCAGGCGAACUCGGCCUAUCGCUACCCUCCGAAGUCCGGAAACUACUUUGCUUCGCACUUUUUCAUGGGAGGAGAGAAAUUCGACACCCCCCACCCUGAAGGUUACCUCUUUGGAGAGAACAUGGAUCUGAACUUCCUGGGCAGCCGCCCGGUCCAGUUUCCCUACGUUACUCCUGCCCCCCACGAGCCCGUGAAGACGCUGCGGAGCCUGGUGAACAUCCGCAAAGACUCCCUGCGGCUGGUGAGGUACAAAGAUGAUGCCGACAGCCCCACCGAGGACGGUGACAAGCCCCGGGUGCUCUAUAGCCUGGAGUUCACCUUCGACGCCGAUGCCCGCGUGGCCAUCACCAUCUACUGCCAGGCAUCGGAGGAGUUCCUGAACGGCAGGGCAAUAUACAGCCCCAAGAGCCCCUCGCUACAGUCCGAGACCGUCCACUACAAGAGAGGGGUGAGCCAGCAGUUCUCCCUGCCCUCCUUCAAGAUUGACUUCUCGGAAUGGAAGGAUGACGAGCUGAACUUUGACCUGGACCGGGGCGUGUUUCCAGUGGUCAUCCAGGCUGUGGUGGACGAAGGAGAUGCAGUGGUGGAAGUGACUGGCCACGCCCACGUCCUCUUGGCCGCCUUUGAAAAGCACAUGGAUGGCAGCUUCUCUGUGAAGCCUUUAAAGCAGAAGCAAAUUGUGGACCGGGUCAGCUACCUCCUGCAGGAGAUCUAUGGCAUCGAGAACAAGAACAACCAGGAGACCAAGCCCUCGGACGACGAGAACAGCGACAACAGCAAUGAGUGUGUGGUGUGCCUGUCCGACCUGCGGGACACGCUGAUCCUGCCCUGCCGCCACCUGUGCCUCUGUACCUCCUGCGCCGACACGCUGCGCUACCAGGCCAACAACUGCCCCAUCUGCCGGCUGCCUUUCCGGGCCCUCCUGCAGAUCCGGGCGGUGCGGAAGAAGCCAGGAGCCCUGUCCCCCGUGUCCUUCAGCCCCGUCCUGGCCCAGAGCCUGGAGCAUGAUGAGCACUCUUGUCCCUUUAAAAAAUCAAAGCCGCACCCCGCCUCCCUGGCCAGCAAGAAACCUAAAAGGGAAACAAACUCUGACAGCGUCCCACCUGGCUAUGAGCCCAUCUCGCUGCUCGAGGCGCUCAACGGCCUCCGGGCUGUCUCCCCGGCCAUCCCCUCGGCCCCUCUUUAUGAAGAAAUCACCUAUUCAGGCAUCUCGGACAGCCUGUCCCAGGCCAGCUGUCCCCUCGCGGCUAUCGACCACAUCCUGGACAGCAGCCGCCAGAAGGGCAGGCCACAGAGCAAGGCCCCCGACAGCACCCUACGGUCCCCGUCUUCCCCCAUCCACGAAGAGGAUGAGGAGAAGCUCUCCGAGGACGUGGACACCCCUCCCCCACUGGGUGGCGCAGAGCUGGCCCUGCGGGAAAGCAGCUCCCCUGAGAGUUUCAUAACAGAAGAGGUUGAUGAGUCGUCGUCACCAAAGCAAGGGACCCGAGCAGCUUCCAUUGAGAAUGUCCUGCAGGACAGCAGCCCCGAGCACUGUGGCCGAGGCCCACCUGCUGACAUCUACCUGCCAGGACGGCCCACCUCCAUGGAGACGGCCCACGGCCUCGCCACCACCAGCCCCACCUGGCCUCCACUUGGUGGCCCUAGCCCCGAUCCCAGCGCCGCCGAGCUGACCCCACUCUGAGAGCCUGGCCGAGCUGGCAGCAUGGAGCCCUCGGCUCCCCAGACUUUGCCGAGGGGCUGCUCCGGACCCCGGUGUGAGCCGGCCUCUCCUGUCUGCAUGCCCCCUGUGGCCACCAGGCUCCGAGGGGCCUUGGUGACUCUUGAUCAAAGAGCACAGCGAACUGUCCCUUCUGAGUCUCCCUUUUCUACAGUUGAUAUAUUUGUAACUGGUACAAGAUGAAGGACAGCAGCUUUCCAUCCCUAGUUCAGAGCCCCCGUUCCCCAGGGUCCUGUGGGCUGAGCGGCUGGGGCUGGGGCUGCCCACGUGUGGCCUCCGCUGGCUCUGCCUGCUCCUGCAACAGUGCGGUCACUGCCCCGAGAACUCAGGAGGCCUGCAGAAGAGAAUUGAUUGGUGGUUGAAGCACCAUCUUCACAGAUGUUCAGGGGCAGUGGGGGGCUCCAGGCACGGUCAAUGAAGGAAACAGUGCCUGUCCGCCCACCCUGCGUGUCACUGUGGCGGCCUGGCUGUCGCUGCUUUUUGUCCUCUGCCGUGUUUGCGCGGCCUCAGUGCCCUCCCUGGUGCAUCUGCGCUGGGGCCCUCAGUGCUCGGGGCCUUGGGGUGCAUGGGCGCCGCCCUGGGCGGCUAGAGUGUCUCAGCCCGGUGCUGGGCCUGGCCGAGGGGCGGAGGCACAGCUGCUUCCAGCAGCCAGCAUUCAGUGGCCUUGUCACCAAGCUCCACACCCCCUCAUGGAGCUGGCUUUGGUGACAUCACAAGGCCCCUCCAGGUGCAGGGGCUUCUGUUUGGCACGCCCCUGCCAGGGAGGACCUGGUGGCCUCCUCAUUCCCUUUUGCCAUUGGAAUGUCCCCUUGUGGUUCUUUUUUUUUUUUUUUUUUUUUUUUUUUGAGACGGAGUUUCACUCUUGCUGCCCAGGCUGGAGUGCAAUGGCUCAAUCUCGGGUCACUGCAACCUCCGCCUGCCGGGUUCAAGUGAUCGUCCUGCCUUAGGCUCCUGAGUAGCUGGGAUUACAGGUGCCUACAACCAUGCUCGGCUAAUUUUUUUGUAUUUUUAGUGGAGAAGGGAUUUCACCAUGUUGGCCGGGCUGGUCUCGAACUCCUAAGGUCAUCCACCUGCCUCGGCCUCCCAGAGUGCCGGGAUUACAGGCGUGAGCCACCGCGCCCGGCCCCCUUGCAGUUCUCUCUGAUUUGGUUUGUUCUAUCGCAGGCUUCUGUGGCAGGACUGGCCAGGGGAGGAGGAAGCCAGCAGCACACCUGGGGAAUGGGGUCCCAGCCGGGAGGCUUGGCCUCUGGGCGACCUCGUCCUGUUUUUUUGUUUGUUUGUUUUUUUAAAGGUAAACCUCCUGGGCCGCAGAUGGCAAAGGGAGUGCUUGGGCCUGGUGACCCAGGGCUGGAUCCACCCCAGCAGAGCCCUGGGCCAGGCAGGUGUCUGCUGCUCCCCUGGCUCUGGAGGGCUGCCCUGCAGCUGGGCCUGGGGACAGGUUGGCUGUGGGGCAGCUCAGUACCCUCCCUGAGGCUCACGGUGGCUCCGAGCAUGAGCUCUGCCUCCUGGGGGAGACCCAGCAGUGGACAGCACGGUCCUCACACCCAGCUCCCUGCACACCCAGGCCAGCCACCCCUCCCGCUCGUGCACAGGCACGCAGAUGCGCUCACACGUACACGCUCACAAAUGCACGCCCACUUGCACAUGCUCACGCACACGUUCACACAUGCACACUCAGGCUCACACAUGCUGUCACGCAUACAUACACGCAUUCUCAUGCACAUGUUCCCAUGCAUGUGUGUGCACUCGGACCGAGCAUCUCCCACGCACCUCUACCCCACCCCAAGCACCUCUCUCCCCCCAUGCACCUCUCCCCCGCCAUGCACCUCUCCCCCGCCAUGCACCUCUCCCCAACAACACACGCAGCCCUCUGCACCGCCCGCCCCCCGCCCCCACCAAGGCCCCAGCCUCUGGCCAUCAGUCCUGGUGCCAGAGCUUUGCGUGAAGUUCGGGCCGCAGAGUGGCCCGCUGGGACUCCCAUGUGCUGCCGUCUGAUGUGCUCAGAUGGGCUCAUCGUUGGUUCAUUUUUACUGUAUAUUUAUAGUAAUAAAAUCAUGCAGCAA